AAUUUUGAAAUGUAACUUCUAUGAUUCUUGGUGGUGGGAAGGCAAAGGAACACGUCGAAGUGUUAUUGGUGUUAACAGUUGAUGUUUGGUACUUUUGUUGUAUAUAGUGUUGCAGGUGCGCAGAGUUGUGAGUGCUAGAUUGUGUAGUUAGAAGAAGUGCACUUGCUGUAAAAAUGGCAAAGCUGAUUGAUGUGUUUAGAUAUAGUAAAAGCCCUUUGCGAAGAAGACAGCUUCCCCUGAUGGUCGACGAAAGUUUGACGAUGGUGAUGGAUUUGAAUGGCAUAGGACUGAUUUUUGAUAACAGUCCUGUUAGAGGAAAGGCAUUGGAAGAAUUUGUUGCAAAGUACCAUUUUCUUUCGCCUAAAGACAUACCAGGUGCAUUUACAGUCCACUGCAAGGAUUUGUUACAUAUCAUAAAUCAGAUUGUACCAUGUGUAGGAUGUCGCAGAAGUGUCGAGAGGUUGUUCUGCCAGCUGAUGGAAACAGGACACGAGGCUUUGGAUCCUCUUGUUUUUACGAAAGGUGGUGUUCUGACAAUCAAGAAGGAGCGCCUUGCGUCCCCCCAACUAUUGUGUUCAAUGUUACAUGGACAUAGGGCUCGUCUAAGCAAUCUGGUGGAGAGUCAGACACGGUCAAAGAAGAGCCAUCGGUGCAACUUUCAUUCUUUGGAAUCCCACAGGACACCACGAACAAUGACUGGCAUAUGGCGUGAAGUGUGGGACUGCAUGGAGCCGCAGUGCAAGGAUGAAGUGGUGCUUAUUGAAUCAUCGACAUUACUUGUUACCCUUGAAAGCUAUCUACGUAAGCAUAGGUUCUGUACAGAAUGCCGCACAAAGGUUCUGCGGGCAUAUUCCCUGCUGAUUGAGGAGCCAGAUCCUGGUAGAGAGAAGGGCUACUGCCCUGCAUUGUAUGCUGGUAUCAAACGCUGCUUGCCGGAAAAGCAUAUUCACCUACAGACGAAGACUGAUUAUAUAGGCAAUCUAAUCACACGGGCGGAUCUCGAGCUUAUGGGCAGUCGAAGGGAGAGGCAUGCAAAGACAUUAGAAAUAGCUCAGGAGGAGGUACUGACGUGUCUCGGCCUGUGUGUAUAUGAGAGGCUGUACCGAAUCCACCUGCGCAUGAGGGAAGAGGAGUGCACCUGCCAGGUGCUCGCCGGUGUGGCUGUCGAAGCUCUCUACAGGAGUUUUGAGAUGGCAGUUGAUGUCAAACGGGGCAUGUCGCAACUUGAACUGCUGUACGAACAAAUAACAAAAGAAGAGAUUGCGAAACAGCAGAGGCGAGAGCAUAAAAAGUUGAAAAGGAAGAAGAAGAAAGAAAGAAGAGCAGGACUAGAAGGGAAGGAUGCAUGUGAGUGUGAUUCAGAGGAUAAUGGUGACAGUGUGAAUGAUGAAUCUCCAUGUUCCUGUACAUGUUCAGAUGGCAAACGAACUAGUCAGAGUAAUGACCGCCGUAAGCUCCAGGUGCUGGACUGUAAGAAUGAUGGUUCUCCAACUUGCUGCUGUAAAGACUGUCAGCAAAGAAAAGCGUUAAAUCGAAGUUCUAUGGAAGAGGAUGGUGGUGGGUGCCAUGAUGAAGUGAGUUGUGUAGAUGGCACCUCAAAUGGCGCCCCAAACAGUUUGAGUCACUUAGAGAACGGUACGGAGUCGGAGACGAGUGAAGUAGUUCCAGAAGAAAACAGAGUGAACGGGGACAUGAGCAGGCAGAGUCCUGUGUCGAGCGAGUCAGGGUCCAUUACAGCUGGACGCAGGGCGAGAAGAGGGCGGAAGGGGCGACGGUGUUUUCCGCAAGAGAGUUCAGUGAGUUCCAGUGCCUCGCCCCAUAGUGCAGCUCCACAGCCUGCAAGUGACGUUCUCGACAGUGAGGUUGGGAAGCCAGAUUCUAUGGAGAGAGAAGCCACUUUCUCUUUGUCACCUUGCCAGUCUUGUAAAGAUGUGCAGGAAACAGUGGUUCUCAUAAGAGAAAGUGACAGUCGGGUGGAAGUGGGCCACUGUAGCCCUCCGGAUUUGAAUGGCUGCAGUGAUGGGGCAUCGGUCUCAAGUAGCUGGCACAGUUCUCCAGAAGGAUCAGAUGUGGCGUGUUCUGAGGACUUCUGCAGUCAUGAUGCAGGAGACAACCUUUCGGAUCAGCUCAGUGACACACACACUUGCACCCUUAGUCACAACACUGUGAAGAAUGGGAGCUAUCACAAUGGUGUGCAGUUACUAUCCUUGCAGCAGAUGCUAGAGGAAUUGCGUUCUUCCGAUGAUGACGAUGAUGGAGAAGAAAGUUAUAUUCCACCAGAAGAGAUACAAGAGUUCAAAGCAAGGAUGCUCCAUUUGACAGAGAAGAGGCAGCAACUACGGCAGGUGCUGAAGAAGCGGUUUGACCUGCUCUGUGUGAAGCCACCGGUGCCGAGACCAUUUGGAUUACGGCCCACUAUUGUGCAUCAAACUAGUUUUUGAAAAUGAUUGGCAGCUUGCAUUUGGGAAACGUACAACUUUUUUGUGGUUUUGAAUACUGUGUAUUGGGAUUGUUUAUAUAUCUUUUUUUGCAAUCUUUGUUUAUAUACUGAGGUUCAAAAAAAAUUGGCGGGCAUGCCAAUUUGUACUGAAGUGCUAGUAUACAAGUGGUUUCCUGUGAACCUGAGACUGUUAUUUACCUGUCCUUCUCAGUGACCUAUUUCACAUUCCUCCGGUGUUGUAUCUUAUAUUAUACCAAUUUUGCUGUUAAAUCACAUUUUUACUGAUUUAUAUGGUAAUUCUGAUGGCAGUUUUGGCAUCAGAUGUCCAGUUACUGCCAUGUAUUAUCUGCUUUUAAGUAAUCAUUCCUUUUUCAUGUAUUUUAAAGAAUACUUUGUUUUGUAUUGAGACCAUUAAAGACCACAAGCAUUAUGUGAUGUCAGUAUUUUAUAAAUAUGCUGUAUAUUGCCCUUGGGAGACUGCUGAAGAAUUUUUUUAAGGUCUGUGCAUAAAACCUUUCUCAGGUGAACAUCUGCUCUCAUAUGCAUGUUCCAAAUGGAAAUAUUUUGAUAUUUGGGUAUACAGUUCUGAUUAACCAUUAUUCUUUUGUUUUCUUCAGAGUUCUCAGAGGUGCAAGAGCUGUGUUUAUAUAUAGCUAUGGCAAAAGACCAAAUAUUAUGAAGAGUUACUCCUUUGAAAUAUUUAUUAUGCUAAUCUGUUGUUAUUUUGGGAUAUUUAUAUUGAAUGGUGAAGUGAUUUGUGCUGUUUUGUGGCAUGGUACUGAUUGCAUUCCAGAGCCAUAUUCUAAUACCAGCUGUCUUCAUAUAUCAUUAAUAAAACAGAAUAAAUAGUUUGUCAAAGGAAAGACAGUUAAUUCCCUUGGCAAGCAGAUUUUUCUGUAAGAACAGUUAUUUCAUUAUGUUCUGUUUGCAUCUCAUAUGUAUUCUAUUUAACAUGAAAAUGCAUCCUGAUUUUAAUACUGGUAGUAUAUAUUCACAAACAAACUUCCCAUUCCAAUGAUAUCAAUGUAAAAUAUUUAAAAAUUGAAAUUAUGUAAAUGAUACUACAAAAUGUUAAUUAUUAUAACAUUAUUGUGCACUACAGUUAAUAAAGUUGUAAGAUUUGUGUUAA